AUUAUAGUACGUUAUUUAUGAAAAAAAUUACUAUAUAUUUGGUUGCAAUAUUAGCAGUUUAAUCAUGUUUUCGGUAAGAUAAGAUUAUUAGCAAAAAUAGUACCUUUAAAUUUUCAUAAGGCUUUAGUGAAGGGCACGCGGCAACAGAUUAGCCGGGAGUAGCCGACCAUCCACUGGAUCACUGCGUGACACCGGAGCACAAUCAGCUGCUUGAUGACGACGACGUCGUUUUCAAAUUCAAAGUGAUAAAACGACCACGUGGAGCACGUCAACUACUAGUUGAGAAAUCGGCGCGGGCUCGAACUCCAUAGUUAACGAAAUUUGAACAUCGAAUUUCAGUUCCGCGAAACCGCCUGGACCUCUGCAGCAAAAGCAAAACCUAGAUGCUAGAUAGGGUUUUUGGCGUCGGCUUUCAAGUUUUGCUCCAAUCAAGAUUCGUUUCUUGAAUUAUUAUAUACACACACACACGCAACACAUGGGAGAUACACUGGUUGUUAUAUAGAGGGCUUUGGGAGAUUUGUAUCCGCUAGAUUCGUUUCUGUUUGGUGUUGGAUUGAUUUGGUUUUGGUUUUGGUUUUGAUCUGAAUCUGAUGGAUUACGGGCGCAAGAGAGGCAAUCCAGACGGUUCCUUCACCAGUAACGGAGGGAUAAAGAGAUCCAAGCAAGAAAGGGACUCGUUUGCAACUGGUAUAGGAAGCAAAUCAAAGCCAUGCACGAAGUUUUUCAGCACUUCUGGAUGCUCAUUUGGAGAGGAAUGCCAUUUCCUGCAUUAUGUUCCCGGUGGCUACAGUGCGGUUUCUCAGAUGACAAACAUGGGUGGUAAUCAUCACAUUCCUUCUGGAAGAAAUCCUAUGGCCCCACCACCAUUUGCAGAUGGUCCUGCUCCGACCGUCAAGAGCAAGCUCUGCAAUAAGUUCAACACCGCAGAAGGAUGCAAGUUUGGCAACAAGUGCCGUUUUGCACAUGGGGAGAUGGAGCUGGGCCGGCCCAGUUACCCACCCCACGAAGAUCCCCGAGGCAUGGGACCCAUGAUGAAUCGUUUUCCAGGUCGGUCCGACCCACCCCAACACGGGCUAGCUGCUGCUGCCAACUUUGGUGCAUCUGCUACGGCCAAGAUCAGCAUAGAUGCAUCACUGGCAGGUGCAGUCAUUGGAAAGGGUGGUGUAAACUCGAAGCAGAUUUGUCGUGCAACUGGGGUAAAGCUUGCGAUAAAGGAGCAUGACACAGACCCAAAUCAGAGGAAUAUUGAGCUGGAAGGGACUUUUGAUCAGAUCAAACAGGCGAGUGCCAUGGUAGGGGAGCUCAUCAUGAAUGUUGGGGCUGCCCACCACCACCCACCUCCUGCCAAGCCGAGUCUGGCUGCUGCUCCGGCAAACAAUUUCAAGACAAAGGUGUGUGAGCAUUUUACCAAGGGUUCGUGUACCUUUGGAGAAAGGUGCCAUUUUGCUCAUGGAGAUGGUGAGUUGCGCAAGUCAGGGGUUUGAGUGUUUUAUUUGUGCUAGAGUUUUCGGAUUUGUAUUGGUAAAAUUUUCUGGGGGAUUGCACAAUCCAUGAUUUUAACAUUUUGGAAGGAAACAUUUGGAUUUUGUAGCGGAGUUAAUGAUUUGUUUGUGUUC